UCGUAAUUUCUUCACCAAAAUUUCACCAUGAACAAAAACUCACAGCCAAAGUGAUUCUUUUAAUGGCAGAAAGGUCGUUUCUUUAUUAGAGAAUAAACUUCUUUUCCCCAUUGAGAGGUUUUCAUUCAUAUGGAUCAUCGCCAUCCGCACUUCACUGUAAAUGUUCCCAGCUAAAAAACAAAAUGUAUUUAAUUCUGGUCGUGAAAUUGAGGGAUCAACUACUGCAAUUUUUUUAGAGUUUUUUUGUUUGUUUGUUUCAUCUCCAUUUUUACUGGUUCAGUAAAGCUUGAGCUGUAUGUAUAUAAUAUUUGUAAGAGGAAGGAAGUUUUGUUUAUGGCAUAUACCUUUCUCUUUCCCUGUAAUGGUGCUUUGCUUGCAAUGCUUCCUCCGGUAGCGUUUGAGAUUGCGCAAAGAAUAUUGUAAAAGGAUUUUUUUAUGUAAAUUUUCUUUCUUAAUUCUUCCCCUUUUUCAAUUUUGUUCUUCUGCUGUUUGCUGGAGCUCAUCCAUGGCGGAACUAGGAGCUAUUUAACCAUUUUUGUUCAGCAAUGUUGAGAUCUAAGGCGUAGAAAUUUAGGGGAAAAGGAUUUAAUUUAGGGUUGCAGGAAAAUGGCUUCAAGAUUGAAUCUGUUCAAUUGGUGGGGGAGAGACGGCGGGCCGAAGGGGACGCCGGUGAUUGUGAAAAUGGAAAACCCUAAUUUCUCGAUCGUGGAAAUCGACGGUCCAGAUUCAGCGUUCAAGCCGGUGGAAAAGAGCCGGCUCAGGAACGCCAAGCAAGUGCGGUGGAUUCUGCAGCUCAAGGCGAACCGCGCCGUCGGCUGUCUGGCUUGGCUCGGCGCCAUUCUCUGGGCUCUCCUCCGGAGCAUCAAGCGGCGGCUAAUUCUCCGGCAAGGCGUCGCCGUCGCCAGCGAGCGGCUCGGCAACGGCCGGCUAAUGCUGAAGCUCAUCAAAGCCCUGCUGGCGGCUUCUUUAGCAGUGCUGGCUUUCGAAACGGCGGCGUACGUCAAAGGGCUGCAUUACUUCGACGGCGCUGCCGCCGACGUCCGGGGACUCUUCCACUCCGCCUACGCUGCCUGGGUGGCGCUCCGCCGCCACCACAUCGCGCCGGCGGUUCAGUCUUUAUCCACCUUCUGUGUAGCUCUGUUUAUAAUCCAGUCUUUGGACCGGCUCGCGCUUUGCCUCGGCUGCGCCUACAUCAAGCUGAAGAAAAUCAAGCCGGAAAUCAACGGCGGAGAUCCAUUCCAGCCGGAGGAUCCCGAACAAGGACAGCCGUACGAUUUCCCCAUGGUUCUUGUACAAAUUCCCAUGUGUAAUGAGCGCGAGGUCUACGAGCUUUCGAUCUCCGCCGUCUGUCAGCUCGACUGGCCGAAGGACCGCCUGCUGAUCCAAAUCCUCGACGAUUCCGACGACGACAGCAUCCAGUGUCUGAUCAAGACAGAGGUCUCGAAAUGGAGCCAAAAGGGAGUUAACAUAAUCUACCGCCACCGGAAAGUUCGAACCGGCUACAAAGCCGGCAAUCUCAAAUCGGCGAUGAGCUGCGGCUACGUCAAGAAUUACGAAUUCGUCGCCAUAUUCGAUGCAGAUUUCCAGCCGACGCCGGAUUUCCUCAAGAAAACCGUGCCAUACUUCAAGGACAAUCCGGAGCUCGGACUGGUUCAGACACGGUGGUCGUUCGUGAACAAGGACGAAAACUUGCUCACCCGACUCCAAAACAUCAACUUAUGCUUUCACUUCGAGGUCGAACAGCAGGUCAAUGGCGCGUUCCUCAACUUCUUUGGCUUCAACGGCACCGCUGGCGUUUGGAGGAUCAAAGCGUUGGAAGAUUCCGGCGGAUGGCUCGAACGAACAACCGUCGAAGACAUGGACAUCGCCGUGCGCGCACAUCUCAAGGGCUGGAAGUUCGUGUUCCUAAACAACGUCAAGGUCGUAUGCGAAGUUCCUGAGUCGUUCGAAGCUUACCGGAAGCAGCAGCACCGGUGGCAUUCGGGCCCAAUGCAGCUCUUCCGGCUAUGCCUACCCGCCGUAAUCGCGUCAAAGAUAUCGAUAUGGAAAAAGGCGAACUUGAUCUUCCUCUUCUUCCUACUACGAAAACUCAUCCUCCCCUUCUAUUCAUUCACAUUGUUCUGCGUCGUUCUUCCGCUAACGAUGUUCAUCCCCGAAGUCGAGCUCCCGAUGUGGGUUCUCUGCUACAUUCCGGCAUUCAUGACGCUCCUAAAUAUCCUCCCGGCGCCAAAAUCGAUCCCCUUCGUUGCGCCGUAUCUUCUCUUCGAAAACACAAUGUCCGUCACCAAAUUCAACGCGAUGGUCUCGGGGCUUUUCCAGCUCGGCAGCUCGUACGAAUGGAUCGUCACGAAGAAAUCCGGGAGAUCGUCCGAAUCCGACCUGAUAUCCGCGGCCGAGAGUGACAUUACGCCGUUGAACCAACACGUCGUCCGCGGAGCCUCCGAAAACGAUCUUCCCGACGUCGUUCAAUCGAAGGAUCAAAAGCGUCGAGUUCCCGCCGAGAAAAAAUCAAACAAGAUUUAUCGAAAGGAGCUCGCCCUCGCCUUCCUGCUGCUAACGGCGUCGAUUCGAAGCCUUCUGUCGGCGCACGGGUUGCACUUCUACUUCCUCCUGUUUCAAGGCGUCACAUUCGUCCUUGUCGGUCUCGACUUGAUUGGCGAGCAAAUUAUCGAAUGAUCCGAGACGAAACGACAAAUGCCGUCGAACAAAUCACGCGAGGCAGCCGGCGCCAUUUUUGUCGCCAUCGCCGUCAUUUUUCCGAUCGAAUAAGACCACCCGUCUCCUCCUCCCGCCGCCGCCGUCGUCGCCGCUGCCGAUUUUCCGGCGCCGGUAGGAUUAGCAGUGAAAAUAGAGUCUCCAUUUUUACUGAAUAGCACAGUACAGAGAUAGAGGAAAAUCUGAAUUCCAGAAUUCCUCCAAAGCUUUUUUUAAGUUUUUGUGUGUGUAUUUGUGAUUGAUUGUUGUAUAGAUUGUUCCAGUGGUUAUGAUUUUUAAUUUUAAAGAUUAAUUUAUUUUUUUUUAUUUCAAUUAGUUCUCUAUGUAAAUUUUAUGAUUUUCUAUAAAAAUAAAAUUCAAAAGUUUGUUAUAAGUGUCGGCAGGAAGAUGGAACAUGAUUAGUGGGAAAUAACAAAGAGGUUUGGUUGAACCAA